AUGGCCCUAUCUCUAUCCCAUUUUGCAUCCUGCUCCUCCUCAUCCCCCAUCCCCAUCGCAUUAUCAUCAGACAGCCUCCCCUUUUCAAUCACAAAAUCCACAACAGAAGGAGACCCAAACUACACUGCCCCGCUCUUUCCCAUCCUCCCAUUCCACAAAUACCCUCAAAACCCAAUCUUGACAGCCAACCCCGACCACGACUGGGAAUCCGCAUACGUCUACAACCCCGCGGCUUUGGUCCUCAACGAAACCAUUUUCCUGCUCUACCGCGCCCAAAACGCCAGCAAGACCUCGUCAAUAGGUCUCGCGUGGUCUUCCGACGGGUACCACUUCACUCGACUCAGCCGUCCAAUUUUGCAUGCCACUGAGCCAUGGGAAGCCGGCGGUGGGACGGAAGAUCCGCGAAUCGUUCGCGUCAACGGCACUUUUUAUCUAACGUAUACGGCUUAUGAUCUGGGGACGCCGAGGCUGUGCAUUGCCACGAGUGAGGAUUUGGUCCAGUGGACCAAGCAUAAUCCACUGUUUCAGUCCGGUCCUGGGACCAUAUUCGACCAUAGUAAAAGCGGCGCCAUAAUCACGAAACCCUCCCCCGACGGCCUCUACCACAUGUUCUUUGGCGACAGCGUCUUCUACCACGCCACAUCGCCUGAUCUAUUGAACUGGACGGCAUCCUCAACCCCGUUUGCCUCGCCUUUGUUGACCUGGGAGAAUGGGCUGAUUGAGCCGGGUCCGCCGCCUGUCAAGACCAGAGAUGGGAGGUGGUUGUUGAUCUACAACGCCAUGACCACCGGCGCCGACGGAUACCGAGCUACACAAUACUCCGUUGGUCAGAUGUUGCUCGACAUCGAGAAUCCGGCGUCAUCACAGUCCUCAACGUCCCUGUCUUCAGCCUCUGGAAGAAUGAACGCGGAACAAAUCCCAAUCAACCACAACCCUCAUUCGCAGUCACAUUCUGACUCUGACUCUGACUCUAACAAGCACCGCUACCACCACACGGUCGGGUUAGUAGGAAAGGUACCCUCGUUCACCGACCGUCCCUUCGCCCGCCUCGAAACUCCCUUUCUGGUCCCCACUACUCCCGAAGAAGAAUCCGGCCAAGUCGACCUCGUCGUCUUUGCAGAGGGCCUAGUUCAGUUUCGGGGCAAGUGGUUCUUGUACUACGGGCAGGCGGACCAGUCGAUUGGGGUUGCUGUGGCGGAUGUACAGUAA